AGUCUCAAAAAUAAAAAUGAAAAAUGAAAAGAUGUUUGACGUGUUACACCGUCCACAGGUACACCUUCGUGAUCAUUUCAUUACCGGAUAGACGGAUAAACCCUGGAUGACAUAAACCCUGGAUAGACGGAUAAACCCUCUCCCUCUCUCUCUCUCUCUUUCCCCCCCCCCCCCCCCCCCCCCCCCCAAAAUCUUAAACCCAAAAGUCCAACCUUACCGUCUCGAGCGAGCAUGGCUUCGGUAACGGCGGACCUAGCCACCACCUUCCUCACCCUCACCUAUCGCCACCGGACCCCACUCUCCCAGGUCCGAGCCACGGUCCUCCCCUUCAUACGAUCAGCCAGGACCUGCCAGUUCCGGCCCGUGCGCUUCACCACCACGUCGUCGUUUCACUCCAGAAUCAUCGCCGUCGAUUCCCCUAAGGCUAAAGUCAUCUCGCGUCGGCUCUCGGUUGCCGCAACCGCCACCACGACUCCUCACAGCGAAGGCUCCGAUGUCUCCACCAAGAUUCCGCCCGACGAUAGGGUCCCCGCCACUAUAAUUACCGGAUUCCUGGGUUCUGGAAAGACAACAUUGCUUAACCAUAUCUUGACUGCGGAGCAUGGGAAGCGAAUUGCAGUCAUAGAGAAUGAGUAUGGGGAAGUAGACAUUGAUGGUUCUUUAGUAGCUGCGAAAACUACUGGGGCUGAAGAUAUUGUCAUGUUGAAUAAUGGCUGUCUUUGCUGCACUGUGAGGGGUGAUCUUGUGAGGAUGAUCUCUGAAUUGGUGAAUAAGAAGAAAGGAAAAUUCGAUCAUAUAGUGAUAGAGACUACAGGAUUGGCAAAUCCGGCACCUAUAAUCCAAACAUUUUAUGCUGAGGAUGAUGUUUUUAACGACGUCAAGUUGGAUGGCGUUGUCACAUUGGUUGAUGCUAAACAUGUUGGCUUUCACCUGGAUGAAAUAAAGCCGAAAGGAGUGGUCAAUGAGGCCAUAGAACAAAUUGCUUAUGCUGAUCGUAUCAUUGUGAACAAGACUGAUCUUGUUGGCGAUCCAGAAAUUGCAUCUUUGGUCCAGCGAAUAAGGAAAAUAAAUCACAUGGCUGAUUUAAAGCGGACAGAGUUUGGAAAAGUUGACUUGGACUAUGUUCUUGGGAUUGGAGGAUUUGAUUUGGAGAGGAUUGAGAGUGUUGUCAAUGCUGAAGGUGCAAAGGAAGAUCAUGACCAUGGCCACCACAACCAUGAUCAUCAUGAUCACAACCAUAAGCACGAACAUCAUGAUCAUCACCACUCUCAUGAUCACAGUCAUGAUCCUGGUGUUUCUUCUGUCAGCAUAGUUUGUGAAGGGAACUUAGACCUUGAGAAGGUUCUCUCUCUCUCUCUCUCUCUCUCUCUCUAUAUAUAUAUAUAUAUAUAUAUGCAUGUAUGUAUAUAUAGAAACUUGAAUUUAAUGAGGCUAAUUAAUUUACAAAUGACACAGCAGUAUUUUUCUACUAUUUCAUCGACCUGUUCUUUAGUUUCAGAUGGUUUACUAGACAGGAGAUGGUCAAUAACUGCCGACUUGAUGAGCAAUCACUCUUUUUUGCAGGCUAACCUUUGGCUCGGUACAUUGUUAUUGGAACGCAGUGAGGACAUAUACCGGAUGAAAGGUCUUCUAUCUGUUCAGGGCAUGGAUGAGAGAUUCGUUUUUCAGGGAGUCCAUGACAUAUUCCAAGGUUCACCUGAUCGGUUGUGGGGCCCAGACGAACCAAGGAUGAACAAGAUUGUGUUCAUAGGGAAGAAACUGGAUGCACAGGAAUUAGAAAAGGGUUUUAAAGCCUGUUUACUAUAAUACGAACGGAAGAUUUUAUCCAUUUUUAUUCUCGAUAAUGGUCUCGAACAUUAUGACAGUGGCCUAAUGUUGCGUAUGGAAAUUAUGUGACUCUCACCAAUAAUUAUAUUAAUUAUCAUAUAGAAAUUUAGUA